GGACUUUGUAAGUGAGGUGAAUCGAGCGCGUGUUCAUUCUGGCAUCACGUUCUGGCUUGCAUCGCCUCGUUACGUACCGAAGAUUGAAUACCGCCAAUCUGCGGCGCCAUCUCAGCAACCAUGGCCGACGACGAAGAAGAUGACUACCUCAACAUGACCUUCGAAGAAACCCCAGCCAAAAAGGAAACUUCCCUACAAAGAACAGCCCGCCUCAAAAAAGAAGCCCUCGAACGCGGAAAAGUAAAAUCCAAAGCCGAACGAGCGGAAGAAGAACGUCAAAAACUCGAAACAGCUCUCGCCACAGAACUCGACAGUUCCAACAAAGGUGCCAAAAUGAUGGCAAAAAUGGGGUUUAAAGGUGGCGCGCUUGGCAAAACUGAAGGUGCAAGGACGCGACCGAUUGAGGUUCAGAUUAAAGAGGACCGAGGUGGCAUUGGAAUGGAGAAUGAUCGGAAGAGGAAAAUUCGGGAGGCGGCGGAGGCGAUGGAUGUUAAGGAGAAGAAGGUUAAGCUUACUGCGGAGGAGUAUCGAGAGAGGAAUCGGGCGGAGGUUGAGCAGAAGAGGUUUGAGGGGCAGAUGUGGUCUGCGAUGAGGACGCUGGAGGGGUUUGAGACGGAGGAUGGGGAGGCUGUGGCAGAUGGAUCUGCGCCACGUGAUACUCAGUCGACGUUGGAGAAGUCAUCGAAGAAGGAGUUACCGCUACGAUCUGUGAAUCUGUUAUGGCGACCUCUUGUCAAGCAGAGGCUUGAGAAGGAGAGGGAGCGGCGUAUGCGCUAUGAUCUGGACCAGAGUCUGUCACGGCACAAAGACUACACGACUGCUGAUGACGAUGAAGACUUGGCGUAUGGCAAUGAGGUGGAAGAAGACUUGGAAGAAGAAGAUCCAGAGCUGGAUGAGUUUGAAGCCCUGCCUGUGGAAGACAGGCUGGAGAAGAUACUGUCGUUUCUUCGUGAGAAGUACCACUACUGUUUCUGGUGCAAAUACCGCUAUGCCAGUGAGGAGGCAUUGAGUGAGGAUUGUCCAGGCCUUACAGAGGAUGAGCAUGGCUAGUAUACGCUUCGAAGGAGGCGAUCCCAAGUAGAUAGACGAAAUGAGCAGUUGUGCAAUGCACAACUUUAUGCAGCCACAGCCGACCAAUCACAACUCGUCAAAGCGCG